AUGUCCGCUGAGGGUCUGUCGGAGGUUUACGGCGCUGUGUGCGAACAGCAGCAGCUUCCGGUCAAUCCGUAUGUUUUAGACGUUUUGCAGGAGGCGACGGACACCAAAAAUGUGACCUUGAAGCUCACGGGGAACAGCCGGCUGAGGCGGGUCCAGAGGCUGAGCGACAGCGACGUUCACGCUCUGUCCAAAACUCUGCAGGGCAGCAGGAGAGUGACAGGGCUCGAUGUCAGGUACAACAACAUCACAGACGAGGGCGCCGCACACCUGGCCCACCUCUUACAGGAAAAUUCAACGCUGUGCUCUCUGGAUCUGAUGGGCAACGACAUCCAAACAGAAGGAGCCGAAGCCCUCGCCAAGAGUCUGCAGAGAAACAGCGCACUGCUCUCUCUGAGGCUGACUGGUAAUAAAAUAGGAAACAGAGGAGCGAUGCACCUGGCCAGCAUGCUGCAGAUAAACAACACACUGCAGGAGCUGGACCUGGCCGACUGCGACCUGGCCACCCAGAGCGUCAUCGCCUUCGCCAUCGUGCUGAGCAGCAACAGGACGCUGCGCUCAGUCAACAUCAGCAGACCCCUGCUGUUCAGCCACCAGGAGGAGUGGGCGGUGCACUGGUCCGGGACGCUGGCGGUGAACGGGACGCUGACGGAGCUCCACCUGGGGAAGACGGGCCUCACCGACACCGGCGUGGAGAGGCUGGCUGAGGGCCUGUGGGCCAAUCACAGCCUGCGCUACCUCGACCUGCGCUGUAACCGUGUGACUCGUGAUGGCGUGCAGCAUCUCGUCCAGGUGCUGAGGCGGAACCCCACCUUGGAGAUUUUAGACCUGUCAUCCAAUCGGAUUGAAGACGACGGCGCCGUGUACCUGAGCGAGGCCGUCGCUUGGCCAGACUGCGGCCUGAGAGCGCUGUCCGUCACCAGUAACAACAUCAGGAUGGAGGGUCUGGUGUCUCUGGCUCAGGCUGUGAAGGGGACCAGCACUCUGACCCACAUCUACAUCUGGGGAAACCACCUGGAAGAGCCCGUGUGUCAGGCCUUCAGAGAGCUGAUGGCCAGCGGCCGGCUGCCUCCUCAGCACACCGAUGUGUGUGUGUACGAGGUGGACGGCAGGGUGUAUCUGGCGGAGACCUUCCACGGUCUGAGGAGACACUACUACUGGACGCCCAGCUACGCCCCAGACGGGUGUCCGGCCACCAACGCCGCCCUGGCGCUUCGAGCAGAGCCAAACACAAAACGCUCAAACGCCACGUCCAGGGCCGAGUCGAGCCUCCCUCCUCACGUACAGGACGGGCCCGUCACGCCCCUGCAGCCCUGCUAG